AUGAAUCUCCGCCAGCAAUUGACACAGCUCCUCUCGAUAGCGUAUGUGUUCACUUCCGCUUUUGUCGCAUGGAAAGCACUUAGCAUUGUUGCCAACUCCCAUUCGCCCAUAGUCGUCGUAUUAUCUGGUUCCAUGGAACCGGCAUUUCAGCGAGGCGACAUUUUGUUCUUGUGGAACAGGGAUUCCCAGGCCAAAGUAGGUGAUGUUGUCGUCUACGAAAUUAAGGGCAAGAGCAUUCCAAUUGUGCAUCGUGUACUUAGAGAGCACCAUGGCAAGGACAAGCAGUUUUUGCUCACCAAAGGUGAUAACAACGCUUUGGAUGAUCUUCUGCUUUACGCGAGAAAACAAAACUACUUGAAUCAGAAAACGGAUCUUGUCGGUACGGUGAAGGCUUAUCUUCCGAAAGUGGGCUACGUGACCAUUUUGUUGACGGAGAACAUGUAUUUCCGUUACGCUUUAUUGGGGUUCAUGGGUCUUUCAGCCUUGUUGUCGGGCGAGUAA